UCGGCAGAAAAAGAUAUUUCGACAAGAAAUACUGCAAUUGUGCUAAUUAACUAGGGUUGGUCAUGGGUUACACGGGGGUUUCCCUCUACUCACGAAAAAUGAGAUUAGAUAUAUAGUUCUAUAAUUUUACACUUGGCCUCUUGCUCUUCAUUUGUUGGUCAUUUCUUCUCCAGGUGCGAAGAAGAGGAACCCGCUGAAUCCGCACAUUUCAAAGUUGGAGGUCCAGAUUCGAACCUACGACGUCUCUGUUAGAAGGUUUCUGUUGGGUUUUUCCUACGUCAAGUGUUAGAGAGGGGCUGCGGAAAUAAAGUCACGUUGUGUGCAUUUCUGUACCCAUUUCUGGACAUUGGUUACAAAUCAUGGGGAAGAAUAAGGGAAAAUUGGCGGCCAAGGAGAAUGCAACUUCUUCUGAAGUGAACAAGAAAGUACAUGGCUCUGACAACGUCAAGGGCAACACAGAGCCUGGUGCCAAUGAAGUUUCUGAGAAAACUGACGAGCCUAUGGCUGAAAUUGAAGCUGCUAAUUUGAAGACUGAAGAGGAGAAUACCAAGGAUGAAAAUGAAAAGAUCAAAAAGAAAGUGAAAUCGAAGAAGAAGAAAUCUAAGAAGAACAAGAGUGAAAAACAAGGUGAGAAGAAACCUGAAAUUUCUGCUGGAGCCAAGAAUCAAGAUAAGAAGAAACCUGAAGCUUCUACUGGAGCGAAGAAUGAUAUUGCAGGAUUAAUAUUCAUGUGCAACUCGAAAACCAAAGAGGACUGUUUCCGCUACCAUGUUUUUGGCUUGCCUAAAAGUCAGAAGGAUAUUGUUGAGAGGGUGACCAGAGGAAUGAAACUCUUUUUGUAUGACUUUGAACUGCGGCUAAUGUAUGGCAUUUACAGAGCUAAACGACGUGGUGGUCUUGAUCUCCAGCCCGAUGCUUUUAAGUCUUCCAAUAGGCCAUUUCCAGCCCAGGUACUUUUUCAAAUUGAUAGAGAUUGUGUGCCACUGCCAGAGGACAAAUUUAAGGUUGCCAUCAAAGAUAACUACUACGGAAAAUCAAAAAGGAAGUUUAAAUUUGAGCUGAAUAAACAGCAGGUGAGCAAAUUGUGUCAUCUUUUUCGACCUAUUCCAAGAGAUGGUCGCCUGGGUAUGGAUAGUUCUUCUAGGGCAGAGAGGAGGCAUGUGCCUUAUGCCGAAAAUGUUCCUGUCCCUCGCCUAUCAAUCCCUGUAGAUGAAAUGCCUCGUCGUUACGCCCAAUUUUCAGAAGAUCCUUAUUCUUUUAAUUCAUACCCUCGUAGAAGUCCAUUUGGUGGGAGACCUGGGCCAAUAACUUCACCUCAACCACUGUUAUGGGGAAAUGGGAUUUCUGAUUUGAAUUACCGUGGCAUUGAUUCUCAGCGGGAGCUCCUUCGUGAUCAAAUUCGAAGAGAGCGCCCUGUUUUGGAUGAUACAUACCUUGAUAUGAGGCAGGAUCUCCGAAGGGAAGCUGACUACAUGGAUCCAUAUUUGCGAAGGGAUUCAUUGCGAAGUGCAGACACUUACCCUUCCUUUGGAGGGGUGACUUCAGCGUAUCGUUUCUAAUUGAAAUAGAGAAACUUUCCGGUUUAGAAUUUUUUUUUUCUGUUUGAAUGAUCAAAGUUUACCCUAUGAUUUUAGAUUGUGUGCCCCUGCCAGAGGACAAAUUUUAAAGCUUGGUGAUUUUAGAUGCUGAAUAGAGAUUCUAAUCAAUAUUUUACACACUGACUUUGGGUUUUAGUCUCCAUAAAUUUUACAUUCAAGUUUCUCGGAGGUGUUGUUUCCGUGACAUUGUUUGAGCACUGAUUGUAUCGUUUUAACGCUGAUCAUGAUGCUAAUUCGAGUUUACAAUAUUAAUAUUUCUGCUGGUAUUUUCUGGUU